CCUCGCUCGGAGGACGGUGAGUGUUUUUUUUUGUUGUUCGGUGCGGAAAAUUCGGGCGGGCGAAGCACCCCCCUUGGGUACCGAACGUGGGGGCCGCGUUUCGCCGUGCGGACGACGCGCGUCGGGGUGCCUCGCCGUCGCAGCCUCGCGAAUAAAGUGCCGCGCGAAGCGAUUGAUAUCGCGAAUACGACUCGAAGACACACACGCCAGUUUUGGCAAUCAAGCGAUCGCCAUUUUAGUUCCUGCACCCUGCUUCCGAAACUGAAAGGUUUUUUUUUCUGUUAAACACAAAAAUUAAGAAAAAAAGGUUACGAAACGAAAACGAUUCCCCCCAAACGGGGUCGGAACGUUUUGAUUUCAACGGGGCGGCGUUUCAGCGGGGCCCCUUUUUAACAAAGGAUAAGGACCGGCCCCUCCCGUGGUGCAAAUCAUCAGCCCCCGGUGAGGAUUUUUUCGUUGUCUUAGUGAGAAAUGCCAACAACAUAACACGAAACAUAAAAAAUGGCACCGGUUAUAAAACCGGGCAAUUUAAAACACCCGGACGUGGCCGAAUUAUUCUUCAAAGAUGACCCGGAUCGGGUGUUUGAAGAUCUUCGCGAGAUCGGCCAUGGUUCCUUCGGUGCUGUUUAUUACGCCCGAUACACAGUCACCAACGAGAUCGUCGCGAUCAAAAAGAUGUCCUAUAUGGGUAAACAAAGUUCGGAUAAAUGGCAGGAUAUUCUCAAAGAAAUCCGAUUUCUUCGACAACUCAAACAUCCCAACACGAUCGAGUACAAAGGGUGUUAUCUCCGAGACAGUACAGCAUGGUUAGUGAUGGAGUAUUGUCUCGGAUCGGCAUCCGAUAUCAUUGAAGUACACAAAAAGCCUUUAAGAGAAGAUGAAAUCGCGGCGAUUUGUGAAGGGGUUCUACAAGGAUUGAGUUAUUUACAUAAUUUAGGGAAAAUUCAUCGCGAUGUUAAGGCGGGGAACAUUUUGUUGACGGAGAAUGGAACGGUGAAGUUGGCCGAUUUUGGGAGCGCCUCGAUUAAGUGUCCGGCGAAUUCGUUUGUGGGGACGCCGUAUUGGAUGGCUCCCGAAGUGAUAUUGGCGAUGGAUGAGGGACAGUACGAUGGUAAAGUGGACGUGUGGUCGUUAGGGAUUACAUGUAUCGAACUCGCCGAACGGAAACCACCUUAUUUCAAUAUGAAUGCGAUGUCUGCACUUUAUCAUAUAGCCCAAAAUGAUGCGCCUUCGUUACAAGCUAACGAUUGGUCGGAUGCGUUUAAAACUUUUGUUGAAGCUUGUUUAAGGAAAUCACCAUCAAACCGACCAUCAUCAUCAAAACUUCUAUCUCACCCGCUUUUAUUGCGUCUCCGCUCUUCAAACGUUCUAAUUGACCUAAUCCAACGGACGAAAGCGGCCGUUCGCGAAUUAGAUAACCUCAACUACCGAAAAAUGAAAAAGAUCCUAAUGAACGAUAGUUGCGAAACCGAAAGCACCUUAGACAACGAGGAAAUAAUCGACGACAACGCCUGUGGAGACAGCUCAAAGAGCAAUUCAGUCACAUCUGAGCACUCUGUACACUCAGUCGGUGUCUCCGCAAGUAGUCAAUCGAGUAGUACCAAUAGUUUACCAGCAGAUGGCACCACAAGGAGAUACGGUCGCGGCACAAUAAGCCAUCCCGCCGCGGCGGCCGUUGUUGAUCACGGAACGAGUAAUUUCGCCACGAUUCGUACUACAAGUAUCGUUACGAAGCAACAAAAAGAACACAUGCAAGAGGAAAUGCACGAACAGAUGUCCGGUUAUAAACGGAUGCGUAGAGAGCAUCAAAGCGCCCUUUUGAAAUUGGAGGAGCGCUGCAAAAUGGAGAUGGAGAAUCAUAAGGCUCAGUUAGAUAAGGAGUACGAGACGUUGCUGCAACAAUUCAGCAGGGAAUUGGAACGGUUACAGACGAAACAUCAACAAGAAUUAGAACGGAGGCAGAAACAGAAUACUUUAGGGGAGAAAAAAUUAAUUAAGGAUAUCGCCGGAAGGCAAGAAAUGGAUCGGAAAUUGUUUGAGAAUCAACGCAAAAAGGAUUAUAAGGCGAACAAGGAAAGGUGGAAAAGGGAGUUGUCUCAGGAUGAUUCAACACCGAAAAAACAAAAGGAUGCUACUUUACAAUCCCAAAAAGAAAAUUUAAAAUUGGUCGAUGCCCAAGAUGAACAACGUUUAUUAUGCGGUCAACGCGAAUACCUCGACCUAGAAGUGCGAAAGUACAAACGAAAAAAGCUUCUUGUUUAUCACUCGCUCGAGCAAGAACUGCUACGCGAAGAACUGAACAAACGUCACAGUCAACUCGAGCAAGCUCACGAUAUGCUGCUAAAACACCACGAGAAAACCCAAGAACUUGAAUACAAACAACAAAAAGCGGUGCACACGUUACGCGACGAGCAAAUCAAAAGUCAACACGACACGGAACUCGCCAACCAAGAGGAGUACAUGAAACGAGCUGAGCGAGAAUUGCGAAAAAAACACGCCCUCGAACUAAAACAGCAACCGAAAUCGUUAAAACAAAAAGAAAUGUUGGUUCGAAAACAAUUCCGCGACACUUGCAAAGUUCAAACGAAACAAUACAAAGCGUUGAAGGCGCAUAUUUUGGCGACGACCGCCAAGGAAGACCAAAAAGGGGUUAUCAAAAAGUUAAAGGAGGAGCAACGAAGAAAAUUGGCGCUUUUAGGCGACCAAUACGAGCAAAGUAUUAUUGAAAUGUUGCAGAAGCAAAGCUUGAAAUUGGACGAAAGUCAAGAACACGAACAACAACAAUUAAAAGAUCGAUUGCAUUACGAGCUGGAUAGUUUAACCGCUUAUCAAAGCAAAAAUAAAAUGCACGCUCAAGCGCAGCGUAAUCGCGAAAGAGCCGAGUUGGAACAAAGGGUGGAUACGCGACGUGCCCUUUUGGAUCAAAAAAUGAACUCGGAGAUGCACCGGUUCUUGGAGGAAAGAGCUGAAAGGAUACGGUUGUUGAACGAUAAGCAUUCGAGGGAAAUCGAAACGUUUGAUGAUGAAUCGGCUAGGUUAGGAUUUAGUGCGUUAGCUAUUGCUGAAGGAACGAGGGAGAAAUACGACGAGGAUGAUCGUAGCCUUUCAGGCUCAAUGCUCAGUUUGGCCCAUUCGAAUAGUUCGACAAGCUUCCCGCCCGGUUCGCUUUAGGGCACCGCUUUAGCCGAUAUUUAAUAAUAAUAUGAUAUCACAUGCAAAAAAAAAUUAAAUAAUAGUGGAAAUAUGCGUAAAUGUGUUGGUUAGGUAAGAAAAAGUCAAAAGAAAAAGUUACCGAUUCCAUAUAAAAUAAAUAAUUAAAAGAAAGUAAGGUUAGAAGUAUUUUCCGAGAGUGCAAUAUCGAGAUUUAAUUUUUUUUUUGAGGUUAUGAAUUAUUAAAGUUAAAAUCGGUAACGGAUAAAAGACAGAUUUUGAAUUAAAUCAUUUUUUUUUAGAGAAAUUUGCUUCAUUCUGAGUCAUUAUAGAUGAAAAUGAUUAAAAUAAUUUUUAAUUAAAAAAGAAAAUAAUAAAUAUAAAAAAAAAACGAUU